ACGCGCAGCCAUUGUCCCGCUCGCGGGCGGUUGCGGCCGCCCGGCACUUCGGCCUUUCGGAGCUUAACCCCCGAGCGGCUUUGCUGAUGCCGACCAGAGGAGAGAGCCGAACGAGCUUAACCCGAGUCGGUCGUGCUUUUGAAUCAGGGUGGGAAGCUGUUUAACCCUAGUUCGUCCUGCCGUAGAGCAGUGCCGGUUACCGAGGCGAGGACAGGCCGGACCCGGACCGCGGGUCCGAGGACGCCCAGCCCUGGUCCUCGAGCUGCCAGGACCCUGCCUGCGCCUGGAGGAGAGCAUGGAGGAGCAGGAUGCGAAGCUGCUAGGGCCCCUGAAGGCCUGUACCCAGGACUCACUCCUUCCUGAAGAGAUUAUCAUCAAGGUGGAGGGAGAAGACACUGGGUCACUGGGCAUCCCAUCCCAGGAAGGUGUGAACUUCAAAAUUGUGACUGUGGACUUCACUCCGGAGGAACAGGAAACUCGGAACCCUGCUCGGAGGACCCUGGACAGAGACGUGAUCCUGGAGAAUCACAGGGAGCUGGUCUCUUGGGACUCUGUGACUGCACUUGGAAGAAGAGAAUCAACUCCAAAGCAGAGCAUUUUUGAUGAAGAAACAUCCCAUGGAGUGAAGAUAGAAAGGUUAACAAGGGAUGAUCCUUGGUUGUCUUCAUGUGGAGAAGUCCAGAAUUGUAAUGACCAGUUGGAGAAGCAACAGGAAAAACAAGAGAGGUUUCUGAAGGAAGUGGCAUCCCCCCAAAGGAAAGCUAUUACUUAUGAGAGAAUCUGCAAAAGUGAUGAACUUGAGGAUAAGAGUGGUCUGAAUUCCAGUCUUCUUUCACCCCAGUUGAUACCUAUACGAAAUCAUUUUCAUAAACAUGUCUCGCAUGUUAAAAAGUUGCGUCGUAAUUCUGUUAUAAACAAUCAUCAGAACAUAAAUGACAGUGAGGAACUAUGUGGAAAUAUUGAAUGUGAAAAAAUCCCCCAGAGUUUUCACCUUAUUCAGCCUGCAAGAACUCAAACAGAAGACAAAGUCUAUGGAUUGAAUGAUAGUAUUCAAUCUUUCAGCCCUGGUACGCCCCUAAAUAUACACAAGAAAAUUCAUGCAGGAGAAAAACCCUUUGAUUUUAGGGAGUGUGAGCAAGUUUUAAACCACAAUAUAUCUCAUAAUAAACAAAGAAUUCCUAUUGAAAACUCUCAAUAUAAGUGUAGUAAAACUUCUCAGAGCUCAUCCCUUGCUCAAAACAGAAAUCAUUCUGAAGAGAAACCCUUUGAAUGUGAUCAGUGUGGAAAAUCUUUCAGCUGGAGCUCUCACCUUGUUGCACAUCAGAGAACUCAUACAGGGGAGAAACCUUAUGAAUGUAAUGAAUGUGGAAAAUCCUUCAGCCGGAGUUCUCAUCUUGUUUCCCAUCAGAGAACUCAUACCGGAGAGAAACCUUAUAGAUGUAAUCAGUGUGGGAAAUCCUUUAGCCAGAGCUAUGUUCUUGUUGUGCAUCAGAGAACUCAUACUGGAGAGAAGCCUUAUGAAUGCAGUCAAUGUGGAAAGUCAUUCAGGCAGAGCUAUAAACUUAUUGCACAUCAAAGAACCCACACUGGAGAGAAGCCGUAUGAAUGCAGUCAGUGUGGGAAGUCAUUUAUCCAAAGCUAUAAACUUAUUGCACAUCAAAGAAUUCAUACUGGAGAAAAACCCUAUGAAUGCACCCAGUGUGGGAAGUCCUUUAGUCAGAGUUAUAAACUUGUUGCCCAUCAGAGGACUCACACAGGAGAAAAACCCUUUGAAUGUAACCAGUGUGGAAAAUCCUUCAGUUGGAGCUCUCAGCUUGUUGCACAUCAAAGAACUCAUACUGGAGAGAAACCCUAUGAAUGUAAUGAAUGUGGAAAAUCUUUCAACCGCAGUUCUCACCUUGUUAUGCAUCAGAGGACACAUACUGGAGAAAAACCCUACGAAUGUAGUCAGUGUGGAAAAUCCUUCAGCCAGAGUUACGUUCUUGUUGUGCAUCAGAGAACUCAUACCGGAGAAAAGCCCUAUGAAUGCAAUCAGUGUGGGAAAUCCUUCAGGCAGAGUUCGUGCCUUACUCAACAUCAGAGAACUCAUACUGGAGAGAAACCCUAUGAAUGUAAUCAGUGUGGAAAAACCUUCAGCUUGAGUGCUCGACUUAUUGUACAUCAAAGAACUCAUACUGGAGAGAAACCCUUCACAUGUAAUCAGUGUGGGAAAGCGUUCAUUAAUAGCUCUAAACUUAUUAGGCACAAGGCAACUCAUAUUGAGGAGAAACCCUAUGAAUGUAACUAGUGCGGAAAUAUUUCUUUUUCUCUUUUUAAUGAAAUACAUGUGAUGGGAAAGCUAGUAUAAAAACAAUGUAUGUGGGAAAGCUUUCAGUCAGCCCUCUAUUAUGUAUCUGGAAAUUCGUUCUGGAGAAGAAAGGGGGGAAAGCUAUAAACCAUUUAUUUUACUUAGCACUUCCAGAUGCAAAAUGAAACUUGGCCCUUAUGACACAUUCUUACAAAAGUAAUAAAUAUUGGCACUCUUCCUUAUGGACAGCACUUUGGCUAGAAUCUGAGGGAAAACCACUAAAUGGGCAAUGUGUUGUAGAGUGAUUGCCAGUGAGGUAGAUGGUCUACUCUUUUGCAAUAAAGAAUUAAGGAGGAUGCUAACACUGGUGGGCUUGUUGUUGAGAAGACUGAAAGAUAGUUGUGGCUGUUAGAAUUUAGGGCAGAAAACAGUAUUGCAAAUCAUUAUCAUUUACUACAUGAUUUCCCCAUUAGGUAGAUUCUAGUCUGUUUCAAACAGCACUUCCUACUAUAUAAAUGAAAAUUUAGUAGAAAUUAGGAAAAUGGCUUAAGAAAUGAAGUGAAAAAAUGCAGAAGAACUUAGAACACUCAUUCCUAGAACCAUUAUAAAAUCUUUGUAUAUGGGUCAGAAUUGAAAGAGAUUAUAGAUAUAUGCAUUUGACUUUUAGGUUUAUGUGUGGUUUUGUUCCUUUUUAGACUGUAUGCUAUUUUGCUGUAAUAAAUAAGUAAAAAUUGGUCAAAAACAAAAAUAAUUCAAAGGGUUCAAUCUCCUUUGACCAUUUAGGAAAGACUGGGCAACCAGAUAGCAAAGAUCCCCCCAUAUUCUGAGAUUUCUGUUUGGAUUAGGAUGAGUGUGUCACUCUUUGUGAUCUAAAUUCCCAGAGACAGCCCUCAUUGAAAGUAAAAUGGUUCCCUGGGAAAAGGGGAAUGAAAAUUUAGGCCAGAAAGGGCUCUGUAUGAAGGCUUGAGAACACAUGGGCAGUGUAGAGGGUAGGUAGGCUUAUUUUCUUAUAUUCAAAGCAGGGUAAAAGAGUUCUAUUUUGAAGAUGUUCUUUUUCUCCCCUCAUGUCAUGUUUUCUCUUUUUUCUGCACUGUGUCCCCUAAUGGGAGAGGCCUCUGAGUGCUGCAGCUAAGUGCUCAUCACCUGAAUUAAGCUUGCCAAGAAAGUUUUCAGUGAGGCAAGAUUUGUAGCUACUCAUUGAUCUUUAGAUCUGGUUCACAUGUCUUUCUGGCCUUUGCUCCUAAAUCAUGGGCUCUAAUCCUAUGGACUGAUGUGGGCCUGAAGAUCUGACCCCAGAGAGGUGGUAAAAAAAAUAAGCUAGGAGUUGUACUGACAGAUUGAGAGACUUGAGGAAGGAAGGGAAACCUAAAAUGAAUCAAUCUUAUAGGGAUUACCCUUAGUAAAAUUUCAUUCCUGUGAGAUUCCAGUACACCUGUCAGUGACUUAAGGUCUGGGGGAACAGUUGUGGACAUCUGGAAAACCAGCUCCCACCGCAUGAGAGUGCUCCGGUCAGACUCCUAAUGCACAGAUAACAGAACAGCAGGUGUUCUCCAGGUAUUAGCUUUCGGGGAGAACAUAAAAUUGUGAAACACCUCUAUUUAGCAAUGGGGCCUAAACAGACUUCUUUCUCCCCAAAUUAUAGAUAAACCAAUGCCAGUGUUAGGUACAAGUGAAUGAUUUUCACAGAACAUGCUGAAUCUUUACUUUGAAUGCAAAGAACUAGGAUUGUACAAGCAAAUAUAAAGCCAGCCAGGCUAAAGGUUAGGAUUCUGAUGAUUUCAAGUUUUGGAAGUGAUUUACUGCAAAAGAAUCUCCUCAGUAAAUGUUGAAAAUAUUACAUUGAAAAUGUGAAAUGUGUAAAACUGCAAAAAAAUUGUCUUCGAGUGAGUGUGUUUGUUUCUUUGUGUGUACGUGUUUCUGGCCAGGUUGAAUAUGUGUCAUCUGUGUGUACUGAAACUUCAGUUCCUGGCUGGUGAUUUAUGGUUACCAGAUGUUUUGAAGUAAAACAGACUCAAUAAUUAAACAAAAAUGUUAGAGUAAUUUCUAUCACUUGCUCAACAAAUUUUCUUGAUAGGAAAAGUAUUAUUUUCAUUAAAAAGUGGCCAACCAAAAAUAAAGAGACAGAGGUUUAAGUGGCAGCCUGCCAAAAAUAUAUAUAAUUAAAUUUCUAAGCCCAAAUUUUAGGGUUCAAAAGGUGAGUCAAUACUAUGAUUUUGAUAACAUGUAUGUGAUUCUUUACAUCCCCUAAAUAAGAAUUUUUAUGUCUGUGAAGUUCACAAAAAUAAAAUUGUACAGUUAUAGAAAAAAAUCACGGAGAUUUUACAGGCCAAAUUUCUUUCAUCAUCCUGCAGUAAAAUUAGAAAUAAAUAAAACAUGACCAAAAUGUUUUUAACUAUCUGGAUGCUAAGAAAUAACUUUUAGAAACAAUUUUUCAAGGAGUAAAUAAAAACUGAAA